AUGAGUGAAACAAUGUUGUCGUUAAGGGCAUUAUUUUGUCCGACACUGACGUCGUUCAUAUCGGAUACCGGUGCUGAGGGUUCACUAAACAGCGGAUACGUUGCCGACGACCCGCCCCCUAAGUACGAGCCCCCGCCCUCCUACUCGACGGCCACCGCCCGCCAGUUGGUCCACCAGAUUAGGGGUCGACUCACACCCAGCGGUUCCAUACGUAUGAACUUCUUGAGCCGUACCAACCCUUUGACCAUCAACUCGGAUACCGUUCCCUCUAAUCACCAAAACUCGGCCAACGAUUCAAAAGGCUUUCACUCGACGGGCAAAGUGUUGUUCGUGUCGGCGGUCAUACCUAUCGCCGGUAUAUUUGUCAUAUACUUCUUGGACUACUGUAUCGGAUCUCUUUGGUGGUUAACACUGCUGUACCUAUUGCUCCAGAUAUCGGUGCUCAUCAUCCGAGGUCGUCCCGAGGGCACUGAAAAUCUAGUCUCGAUGCUGGCCAGGGAUGAGAGCACCCGGAGUUGGCUACUGCCAAUACUGACCUUCCAGUGGAACCUGAUUAUGCCGAUCGCCACAAUGAUACUGUCGAUCGCGUUCAACCGUUCCCAUAGCGCCAGUGGCCUGACGUGGACCCAAGCGGUCACUUUCUACCCGUAUUGGCCCGAUUGGACCAAAUCCCUGUCCACUGUGUUUCAGAUCACACCACUGUUUCUGGUAUUCUUCGUGGGAUCCGUUCAACUC